AAAAAAUUGGUUAUUAGAUGAUACUGUUCUCUCCUGAAAAUGACAAUAUUUGUACAUAAAUAAGUUCUCGUGUGUAAAAUAAGUUUAUGAUUUCUUUUGCAAAAUUGUUGAUUGCAUAUGCAAGGGAAUGAUCAUUAUAUAAUGUUCUACAUGUGUGGAAAUUCCAGCACAGUAUGCAGAUAUUAAUUGUAUAGAGCAUUUGGGAAGAGCUCAAUAGAAGAAUACACUAAAUAAUAAAUAAGAAUGACAUAAAACAUGUUUAGUGCAAGAAUAGGAAAAAAUAAAUAACACAGUAACAAUUAAGUUAAUUAACUCUGUGCCUGAAUGUUUAAAAGCAAUCAUAAAACCAGAAGGACACUUAACCAAAUCUUAAUUCUUAAUUUGUUUUGAUUUUUAAAAUAAAUGUACAUUCUUUGUACCAUACAUGACUGUGGGAAGAUGGUCUCUUUCAUCUGUUCGUUAUAUAUACAAACUACCUAACAAAAAAUAUAGUUACACUUGUGGCACAAAAUCACUUUUAUAUCAAAGUGAUUUCAUACCACUAACUGUACUUCAGUCAAAUAGGAUAGCUCAAAAGUCACAGACUUUUGCAUCACUGACAGCAAACAUGGCUGCAAGUAAUUCUAAAAAUGUUAAGCCACAAAAGACAAAUAGACUGGCUUUAGAAAAGUCACCUUAUUUGUUACAACAUGCCACCAAUCCUGUAGAUUGGUACCCAUGGUGCACCGAAGCUUUGGAAAAAGCAAAGAAGGAAGACAAACUAAUUUUUUUAUCAGUUGGAUAUUCUACUUGCCACUGGUGUCAUGUUAUGGAAAAAGAAUCUUUUACAAAUAAAGAAAUUGCUGAUAUUAUGAAUAAACAUUUUGUUAAUAUAAAAGUAGAUAAUGGAGAAAGGCCAGAUAUCGAUAAGAUAUACAUGGCUUUUGUACAAGCAACCACUGGUCAUGGUGGAUGGCCAAUGAGUGUAUUUCUGACACCAGAUUUAAAACCUGUGUUUGGAGGUACUUACUUUCCUCCAGAAGAUACAUUUAGACAAACAGGAUUCAAGACAAUUUUACUUAAUAUUGCUGACAAGUGGAAUUCACUCAAAACCAAAAUUACAGAGGUUGGCUCUGCUAACUUCAAAACCUUAAAAGAUAUUUCUAAAGUACCACAAACAUCAAAGAAACACGAAGUACCUUCAUUAGAAUGUAGCAACGUAUGCGCGCUGCAACUCGCGAGUGAAUUUGAACCUGAAUUUGGUGGAUUCACUUCUUCCUUUGAUAUGCAUACUCCAAAAUUUCCACAACCAGUCAUUUUUAACUUCCUGUUUCAUAUGUAUGCUCGACAUCCCAAUGAAGAGCUAGCAAAGAGUUGUUUACACAUGUGUGUAUAUACUUUAAAAAAGAUAGCUUUUGGUGGUAUACAUGAUCAUAUAGGUCAGGGCUUCUCAAGGUAUGCUACUGAUGGAAAAUGGCAUGUUCCUCAUUUUGAGAAAAUGUUAUAUGAUCAGGGCCAAUUAAUGAAGUCCUAUGCAGAUGCAUAUGUGACAACUAAGGAUAAUUACUUUGCUGAAAUUGUUGAUGACAUUGCUGCAUAUGUGAUAAGGGAUCUUCGGCAUCAGGAAGGUGGCUUCUAUAGUGCCGAAGACGCAGAUUCUUAUGCCACGUCCGAUGCGCAUGAAAAACUGGAAGGUGCAUUUUAUGUGUGGACUGCUGCAGAAAUUAAAUCUCUGUUGGAUAAAAAAGUUUCUAGUGAAAAUAUCAAAUUGUCUGAUAUUUUUUGCCAUCAUUUCAAUGUGAAGGAGUCAGGAAAUGUAAAAGGAUAUCAGGAUCCACGUGGAGAAUUGACAGGAAAAAAUGUGUUAAUAGUGUACGAGGAUAUCGACGACACAGCCAAACAUUUUAAUUGUACCGUCGAAGAAAUAAAAAAUUAUUUGAAAGAUGCAUGUUCCAUUUUGUAUGAGGCUAGGCAGGCAAGGCCACGACCUCAUUUAGACGACAAGAUUAUUACAUCGUGGAAUGGUCUCAUGAUAAGUGGUUUAGCGUAUGGCGGCGCGGUGGUAGAUAAUAAGCAGUAUAUCGAGUACGCGACAGAUGCCGCGAAAUUUAUCAAGCGUUACCUUUUCGACGAGGCUAAAGAUAUACUGCUCCACAGUUGUUAUCGCAACGCAGAAAACAAAAUUACACAAAUAAACGAACCCAUACACGGAUUCUUAGAUGAUUAUGCGUUCGUUAUAAAAGGACUACUGGAUUUAUAUGAAGCUGGCUUCGACGAGCAGUGGUUAGAAUUUGCUGAAAGGUUGCAGGAUAUUCAAGACAAGUUAUUGUGGGAUGAAACGAGUGGCGGAUACUUUACUACAACAUCAGACGAUCCCAGCAUAAUUGUAAGACUCAAAGAAGCUCACGACGGAGCAGAACCAUCCGGUAAUUCAAUUUCCGCCGAAAAUCUCUUGAGACUGGCGUAUUACUUGGGUCGUAGCGAUCUCAAGGAUAAAGUUGUACGCCUGUUCGGAGCGUUUAGGCACUUGCUAACGCAAAGACCCAUUGCAGUUCCACAAUUAGUAUCGGCUCUUGUUCGCUAUCACGAUGAUGCAACGCAGAUUUACGUAGUCGGGAAGCGGGGUGCCAAGGAUACCGACGAUUUACUACGCGUUAUAUAUAAACGCCUUAUCCCUGGGAGAAUUCUCAUGCUGAUUGACCACGACGAAGCAGAUAGUAUAUUGCUCGGUAAAAACGAGCGUCUUAGGAACAUGAAGCCUCUGAAUGAUCAGGCUACAGUUUACGUAUGUAAAUACCGUACCUGUUCUUUGCCCGUUUCAAAUUCUAAGCAAUUGGAAAAAUUGUUAGACGAACAGCGAUAAAUUAAGAAUUCAAUUAGUACAUAAGUACAAUAUUUAAUUCAGUUCAGGUAUAUUGUAUAGACGGAUGUAAUCAAGUGAAAUGAAUUAUCUAUUGUAUGUACUGUUGUAUAUUACACGUUUCCGGUAGGGUUGAUAAUGUUACGUUGCGACUUUCUGUAAGCGCUCUCUAUUUUAAUAAAAUAAACGUUUGAGAAGAA